AUGGAUUAUUCAAACCGUGUGAACUCGAAGAAAGGUUCAGGUGGGGUUGCAGAUGCGCAGGAAACGAAUGUACACACCAGAAGAAGAUUGAAAGAACUUUUAACUACUCAGGUUCUUGAUAUUGAUAACGAUCCAUAUGUUUUCCGAAAUCAUUUGGGAUUAUUAGAAUGUAAAUUAUGUUUAACUACACAUGUAAGUGAAUCCUCAUAUAUCUCACAUUUGGGAGGGAGGAAGCAUCAAUUAAAUUUAGAGAAGAGAAGGAUACUUGAUGAAAAAUAUAAUAAUCGUAAUCAACAAAGAGACGCAGGUUUAAAUUCAGUCUCAAUUAGUAAUGUUCCUAAACGAGUUUGGAAUAAAAUUGGUAAACCCGCUUUCAAAGUUACAAAGAUUAGAGAUACAAACACUUUAAAGAUGGGUAUUUUAAUCAAUGUUAAAUAUCCUAAGAUUAAUUUUAAUGCUGAAGAACCAAUGAUUCGAUUCAUGUCAUUUUAUGAACUAUCACAAAAGAAUCAAAAUGUAGUAAUAUCAUAUGUUGAUCAACAGAAAAGUGGGGAUGAAGCAUCUGGAUAUCAAUACCUUAUUAUUUCAGCAGAACCGUAUGAAAAUAUAUGCAUUGCCUUACCAAAUAAAGAGAUAGAUAAACCUAAAAAGGAAGGUGAGAUGUCAGAUACCUAUUGGUGGUUUUGGGAUAAAGACACCAAAGAGUUCUUUUUACAGAUGCUUUACAAGGAAUAA